AUGAGCAGGCACUACCCCAGCUCGAACAGUCGGGGAGGCUCACCAGAGCCACCGAGGGAGCACGAGCCCGCCUUCUCGCCCAUGCGAUCGGGCGGCAGCUACCUCGGCAACUCGAGCGGACCAACCACAGUGUCGCCCUUUCAAGCACCCGCUCACAUACAGCCACAGCUCUACCCAGGCACACGCUACACCGCAGCUCCCGCGAACUACUAUGCGAAUCCCUCGAGCAGCUCGCAGAUGUACUCCAAGCUCGAUUCGCCUAACAUGGGCGCUCCCAUCGCUCCUGGGUCAGAACGCUUACCGCCGUUGAUCGGACGAGCAGGCAUGCGCUCGCCAGAGAUGCAGUACCACCGUCUGUACGAUAGCAGGUCGCCUGCUUCCCAAGCCAUCUCCGAGGAUAGUUCGCGUGUGCAAUACGAGGACAGCAUGGAGGAAGAUGAGUCUGACGAGGAGGACGAGGAGGAUGAGGAGGAUGAGGAGGAAGAACACAUCACUUCUGUUCGGUCGAGGAAGCGCAAGAAAUCUGAUCCGUCGCUUGCCUCCGCACACAAAGCCAACGGCUCGAGCAAAGCCAAGGGAAAGGGAAAAGCCUCCAAAGCCAACGGCAAAGAUGGCAAAGUCAAGAACAGUCGAUCUUCACGCGCCUGCCAGGUCUGCCGCCGGCUCAAGAUGCGCUGCGUAGGUGCGGAACAUGGUCCGCCUUGCAAACGCUGCCAAGCAGGCGGCCACGAAUGUAUCUUUGAAGCCUCACAGCGAGGCAAGAGGAAGAACACCAAGACAGAGGCAAUGGCUCGCUCGAUGAAGAAGAUGGAACAGACCCUCGAUAGCGUGCUCAAGACGAUCAGUACGAGCAAUCCGUCUCUUCUUGCGGCAGCCGCAGGCAUGGUCUCUGGCGCUCCCCACGACGACGCCAUGCGGAUCGACUAUGAAGGUCCACGCAGAACCAAUGCAGACGAUGCGCAGAGUGCAUCCGCCAAUGCCAUCAAGGAGAAUGCGGCGGUCACAUUCGCGCUGGCAGAUGCUUCCGCAAGACGGUCAGAUCAAAUCAGUCGGCCUGUCUCGCCUCGUCUGCACUCACUGCCCGAUAACAAUCUCAAUCCGCUUGGCUUGCUUGCCGAAGCUUCUCUGCAUAGCAUCAGUCGCGACGCGCAAAAGAUAAGUACAAAGGUCCGCUUGCACGACGGACCGGACCCUGCUCUCCAGGGUGCCUCUGCAGAAGGCCAGAGCGACGAGAAAGGCAGCGCACCGAAAAAGCUCGCUGGCGUGGCGGAUCCUCACUGGUUCCAGCCCGGACCGAUGAACAUUCUGCCGCUCCGGAAGAUCGUGAUCGAGCAGAGAAUGCCGCCCAGCAUACUGACUGACAAGGUCGUCACGAUCGAAGAGGUCGUACAGCUCUUCUCGAUCUUCUUUGAACAUUGCAACAUGCAUCAGUGCCUUCUCGACCCAACAUUUCACACGCCUGCGCUCGUUGCGUCUCGGUCUCCGCUACUCUUUACGACCAUCUGCGCAAUAGCUGCUCGCUUUUACACUGAACGACCAGAGCUCUUCGGCAAGGUCAUGUCAGCUGCUCGUCGGAUCGCAUUCGAUGUGCUUGUGCGCGGAUACAAAAGCGUCGAGAUUGUGCAAAGUUUGCUUCUCUUGACGUUGUGGAACUUCCAGCCUGCCGAACGAUACGAAGAGGAUCGUACUUGGCUCUUUGCAGGCAUAGCGAUCCGUAUGGCUACGGAUCUCAACCUAUUCCGCAAGUCGACGGUCAAGUUGCCGGAUUCAGUUGAUGAGGAGGUCCAGAUCCAGCACGAGCGCGAGCUACUCAAUCGCGAACGAACAUGGCUGUCAUGCUUUAUCAAUGACCGGUCUCUCGCUUCACAGUGUGGCAAGCCUUCGUCUGUACACGAGGACUAUAUCAUCCGCAAUGCCGGCUCGUGGUGGAAAGAUCGCUCCGCUUCCUCACUCGAUAUCGGACUGGCAUGCAUGGUAGAGAUGCAUCGGAUCCACUCACGCAUUCUCGAGACGCUCUACUCGGAUAAGAACUCUCCAUCAGGGCUCAAUACCCAUCUCAAUUACCCGCUGAUCUACAAAGGCUUUCGUGCGCAAAUGGACGCUUGGAGAUUACAAUGGCAACGCAUCGGGAUCGAGAAUCGGCCGAAAGGUGAACCCAUUUCCAAGCUUGGUCAAUAUCGCGCUGUGAUGCUCGAGCUCUUCUUCGCCUAUUACUGCUUGCAAUUUUCGAGCUUUGCGCUGCAUGAUGCAAUGAGUGCAGAUGGCGAUCGCACGGAUACGACCUACUUCUGGACAGUCUGCAAUACGCUCGCAACCACAGUGUGCGAGCUUGCACGGGACGUCAUGGCGCCAAGUGGUCACCUUCGCUAUGCACCAGACAACCAGUUCAUCUACAUCUCCUACUCGGCCGUCUUCCUGCUCAAACUCAUCAAGCCACAAUUCUCUCAUUUGUGCGACGAAGAAGCAACACUGAAGCUCGUAGGAGGCGUAGCCGAUGCGCUAGCGAGCUGCGCAGUCAGUGACACGCAUACUCCCGCACUCUACGCUUCGUUCCUGCGCGUUCUAUUGCAGAACAAGAUCAAUCCCCGCGACAGUCGCUUACCCUCGCGCGGCACCGCGGAGUCGGCGACUUCAUUCGGAGGAGGCACAUCUGCGCCAGUCUUUGGCGCUGAUAGCGAGCCAGUACCUGUGAAGGACGAGGGCCAGCCCGUCUUCGCGCAGACGGAGAUGACGUCUUCUGACCGCCUUGACGCGUCUACACUCACAUCGCAGUCUAUGGACGUUCUCAUGUCUCAAAAAGGAUUCUGGGAUGAUUAUCUACCACCCGGAUUCUCAGAUGGAGUGUUUCAGGGUCUCAGUGGUGGUGGCGGCAAGCUAGCACUUGGGUCCGAUGCGGACGCAGACAUCUUCGCCUACAUCGCUACGCCGCUGCAAAGCCGUCGCGCCUCGCCAUCGGCGAGUCGCGGGGCUAGCCCUGCUAAGGAGACAAUCUAA